CUAACUUCAGGGUGUCGGUUUUUCGUGACGGUGCGCGUGUGCAUCGUAAAAAUUUACUCUCAGAAUUUUUUCCCAAUGCGUCAAACGAAGUAUGACUUCAAAAAUUCAAACAUACCAUCCCUUACAUAGUAUUUUGUGUACAGACCAUCUAAUUUUAGAAAUACCGUUAUCUAAGAUCGUCCAAAGAAUCAAUCAAUAAGUUUACCGUUACAGGAGAGUUGAAAUUGAAAGUUUCUUUUUCAUAACAAUGGAAAAUCGAGCGAACAAACAAUGGUUCCUAUUGAAAUCUUCUCUAUAGUUGGCUAACCUAAAAACUUAGGUUUGUCACGUAUUAGUACAAACUUUGAUUCAUAAAACAUUAUUGGACAAUUUCUAAUUCAUGGCGAAGUUACUGACUCUUUGGUCCUGGCUUCCGGUGAGGAUUACCAUGUAUCAACCGAUACUGCUUUACACGACUGAAGAACAUGGAUGUUCCCUCACGACCUUCUACGUUAGAGUAGAGCAACAUGAACCCACGCUUCUGAUGAUCAAAACGUGCAAUAAUGAGGUAUUUGGUGCGUACUGUUCUUCUCGUUGGGCGGAGAGGAACAUCAAAGAUGACAGAGGAAAUAGACAGGCCUAUUUCGGCACGGGAGAAACCUUUUUGUUCUCUUUGUAUCCAGAGAGAAAUAAAUAUACUUGGGUCGGAAUGGAAGGCGACAAAGUAGGCCAUGGAGCCGAAUUAUUUAUGGCUGCUGAUUCCAAAAUGAUCACUAUCGGUGGCGGGGAAGGUCAGGGAAUAUGGAUGGACGAAAAUAUACGAUAUGGCAAAACUGAUGCAUGUUCCACAUUCAACAAUCCUCCUCUAGUACCAGGAGGAGAUUUCGAGAUAAGAGUGCUGGAAGUUUAUGGCUUUGCUACCGAUCAACUCAGCUAAACAACGAUUCUCAUCGAACAAUCAACACAUUCAAAUUUUAUAAUUUAUAUAUUUUUCUUCAAUAGGUUAUAUCUGUUCUCAUUCUGAUUGGAAUGUAUUCGUAGAUUUGAGUUUAUCCUGUCCAUCCUGUCUGAAAAUUUCAGAAAAAAAAAAUCAUCUGCAUUCCACCAGUGCUUAAGUAAGUCAAGCCAUAAUGGUUAGGUAGGACGACAAUUCAAGUACUAUUGAUAAACACCUUCAUAUUCUCUUUAUGUAGCUGAAUGUUUACAAAAAUGUAUCUACUUUGUAACUGAAGAAUCUAGAAGUGGAGAUUUCUGGAUGUCAUUUACUAGAUCUAGUCGUAGAAAUAGCGCGUUUUAGAUUAUUUAAUAUUCCUUUUUCGAAAUGUUAAAUUGUAUAUUUUAGUUUUUGAGUU